AUGUUUACCUCAUUCCUCCUCCAAUUGCUACUGUUCAGUGUAUCCCUUAUUCCUAACUCAUCCGCACAAAGCGCCCACGACACCGUUACCGAUCCAACAAAGCGCGCCGAGUACGCCUUCACAACUCUACAGACAUGGUACAACGCCAGCACCGGCAUCUGGGACAGCACAGGAUGGUGGAACAGCGCAAAUAUCAUGACUAUGGUCGGCAAUCUUGCCAAAACAGAGCCGAAGAACCAGCGGCUACAGAAGCUUGCGGCCAGGAUAUUCGCAAACACGGUUAUGCAAGCACCGGCAAAGAAUCCGCAGCCAGGUAUCGAGAACGAGGCGUCAAGGGGACAGGAUGUGAAUAAGACGUUUGCGCUCUCCAACCGCACGGAUCCGGAGGAUUGGCUAGACGGUUUCUAUGACGACGAUCUGUGGUGGGCAUUGGCCUGGAUCAACGCCUACGAUAUCACUUCUAACCCCAAGUACCUGCACCUUGCGGAAGGCAUCUUCGCCGCAGUCACUAAGGCCUGGCCAACACGCUGCGGCAACGGCGGCAUCUUUUGGAGCUGGGAGGAAGAGUACAUGAACGCCAUCGCCAACGAGCUAUUCAUGAGUACGGCGGCGCAUCUAGCGAACCGAAUGGAUGAGGAGGACAGAAAGAAGGAAUAUGUGGCGUGGGCCGAACGCACGUUAGACUGGUUUUUAAGCAGCGGGAUGAUCAACGAACGCGGAACCAUCAAUGACGGCCUAACAGAAGACUGUGAAAACAACGAUCGGACUACAUGGUCCUAUAACCAAGGCGUCAUUCUUGGAGCCCUCGUGCAACUCAACAAAGCCACGCCAAACCCUACAUACCUCGCUCUCGCAGCCUGUAUUGCGAAAGCUGCAAUCAUCGAGCUGUCCGAUGUUGAUGGUGUCAUUCAUGAUAUAUGCGAGCCGGAAUGUGGCGGCGACGGCACACAGUUCAAGGGCAUUUUCAUACGCAAUCUGCAGAUAUUGCAUGAGGCAGCGCCAGAUGAUGCGUAUGCUGAAGUCAUCAAUAUCAACGCGGAGAGUAUAUGGGUGAACGAUAGGGACGGUAAUGCGUUUAGUGUGAAUUGGGCCGGGCCGUUUGUGAGACCGGCGAAUGCAAGCACGCAAAGUUCGGCGAUGGAUGCGCUUGUUGCUGCUAUUGCGGUGCAUUAG